GAGCUGAACACUAACUUCCGUCAGAUCAUCUUCCCGGAGGCUCUACGCUGCAUGUUGAAGGGCGAGACCACCCUGGAGACCAUGCUGUCGGAGCUGGACCUCUUAGUGGAGCAGUGUGCAGACGGGGUCUCCCUGCAGGGGCUGGCCGACGCCCUGCACACACACCUCCGCAGCGCCGCCAUGGGCCUGGAGCACGAGGUGGACACACAGUGUCUCCACAUCACCAGGAUGUUGCGGGCCCAGUACUGCCAGCUGAUGCAGCCUCCAGGGGCCAGUAUGGACACCGUGGGACAGGACUCUCCUAAGAUGGGACAGAUGAUUUCCAUGGAGGUGCCGCCGGCGUGGCGGAAGGUGGAUGUGAUGCGUGAGGCGCGGGCGGCCCAGGUCCAUUUCUUCCACAGCGGUCCUCACAGACAUGUUCUGGAGGAGAUCUUCUUCCUCAAGAGACUCCAAACCAUCAGGGAGUUUUUCAGGCUGUGUGGAUCCUUCGCUCAGACACUCUCUGGGUGA